UGCGAGGAGUGCAGUGUCUCUGCUGGCCGCUCUUUUGUGCGCUGAAUUCUGUUUUUUUUCAGAGCCAUCUCUUAUCUACACUUAGAACAGUGAUGGUUGUGGUUUGUUUUAUUCAGAUCAAGUUUUCAGAAUCUGACUACUUUGGCAACGUCCUGCAAACCCGCAAGUAUUUAGCACAGACUGAUUUCUUCUGGCUGAGAAAAGCUGUUCCCAAAACAGAGUGGUUUACAAAUCCAACGACUGUCAAUGCCUUCUACAGUGCAUCCACCAACCAGAUCCGAUUUCCAGCAGGAGAACUCCAGAAGCCUUUCUUUUGGGGAACAGAAUAUCCUCGAUCUCUGAGUUAUGGUGCUAUAGGAGUAAUUGUUGGACAUGAAUUUACACAUGGUUUUGAUAAUAAUGGUCGAAAAUAUGAUAAAAAUGGAAACCUGGAUCCUUGGUGGUCUCUGGAUUCAGAAGAAAAGUUUAAAGAAAAAACAAAGUGCAUGAUUAACCAGUAUAGCAACUAUUAUUGGAAGAAAGCUGGCUUAAAUGUGAAGGGGAAGAGGACGCUGGGAGAAAAUAUUGCUGAUAAUGGAGGGCUGCGACAAGCUUUUAGGGCUUACAGGAAAUGGAUAAACGACAAGAGGCAGGGAGUUGAGGAGCCUCUCCUACCAGGCAUUGAAUUCACCAACAACCAGCUUUUCUUCCUGAGUUAUGCUCACGUGAGGUGCAAUUCCUACAGACCAGAAGCUGCUCGAGAACAAAUCCAAGUUGGUGCUCACAGCCCCCCUCAGUUUAGGGUCAAUGGUGCAGUUAGCAACUUUGAAGAAUUCCAGAAGGCUUUUAACUGUCCAUCCAAUUCCACAAUGAACAGAGGUGCAGAAUCCUGCCGACUCUGGUAGUAGGACUGUUGGUUCCUACCCUCCUGAGGGAGCUGCGCGGUGCUCAUCACCUACUGCUUUAGGCCUGUGUUCCCCUGAAGAUGUUUAUUUUGAUGCAUCUUCGGUAUUUGGGUAUUGCUUAGAUCUAAACAUUAUUCAAAGUUGUAAGACUUAAAAAAUGGAAUACAAAAAAUCAAAUCACAUAUGUUUCUUUAGAAAGCCAAUUAAGUCCCCAGGCUGCUUUUGUUAAAAUGUUGUUUGCUGAAUUGUUGCUAUUGUCCAUUUUAGUGUAUAAGUUGCAGCUAAGUGGUAUGUACCAUUUUAAUCUACAGCUUUGCAGGGGCCCUAGGUAGAAUAUAUCCAGAAAAAAAAAUCAGCCUAUUACACUAGCAACCCUCAGUGGUGUGGACAUGUGUGAGGCUUCGUGGGAGAUCUUCCUGUGCUGUUAGAUUUCCUGCAUCAUCCUUUCAUAGCAUCGAUUAACUCUAAGGUGGUUAAGUCAGAAAUACGUUGAAUCCUCAUUUGACAGUAUUUGAUGAAGUUCUGGCCUUCACUUUUGGAGUCUCUUGGGAUGAAAACACACCUCAUAGCUUGUAUCUGAUGUAGCCCACUGCCCUGUUCAAAUCAGAAUGAACAAAGCUGGCAAAAAAAGACUGCUUGGUGAAGGCUUGAGUUUAUCAAAUAGUAAGACAAGGCUAUAUCUGUAAGUCCCAGAAGAAGUCAAAACUCCUAGUCAUGCAACCAUAGGCAUGGUAGGAAACAAAAUCUCCAAAAUUUCAUCUAUUCUGUUCAAACCUUGGCAAUUAUGUCAUCUGCUAGAUGCUUCUCUUCAGUCUAAUUUCUGGUUGUCUUGUUAUCCUCAUAUAUGUGCAUUCUCCUGUUUCUGAAAUGAAUAGGCAUAAAAAAAAUGAUUUUCUAAUUCCCCGUUAGGAGCGUAUGGCUUUCUUUCCCUUGAGUGCAAAGAGACAAACCCCACGUUGAGGCUCAGUUACCUCUUUUAAAAAUCCUCUUCGAAAAAUGUCUUGAUUAAAGCCAUGUUAGAAUCUAUUGAUUGAAUUUAACAUUCCCUGCAUAGUCCAAAGAGACAGAAUGUUUGCUCUUCAGGACUUCUUCUAAAGAGUUUAUAAGAAAGAGCAUUACUAUGUUUUCGAUCCUCAGAACUCUGUCCUUUCAAGGGAACUAUUCCAUGUCUUAUUAGAGAGUGUGUGUGCAGGAUAAAAUUGUAACAGCCUUAAAGUGCUUACCUGGCAUUUUUGCUUUUUAAAAUAGCCAUCCCCCCUUCCCAUUAUUCCUUGUACAUGUGGUUCUA